AUGUGGUGUCAAUAGUUUCUUAAUUAUUGUUUCAGAUAAUUAGCAUUUUCAAGAUUGUGUAGUUUUUGGUUUUUAAUCUAUUUUCGUAUAUUGAUUAUGAAAAUUUCGUUAUUUGUGUUUAGACACAAACCAAUUCGGAUAAUUUUCUUUUUGAGGUCACUCCACAUUACAACACAACUGCCCGAUACGCAACCGAACAAAACACGAACGUCACCCGAAUCGUAAAGAAGGCGAAUUGCAAAGAAAGACAAUCAAGACAAUAAAGACAGCUGUCGCCCUGUCGCAUCAUUUUCAGCUGAUUUUUGUGUACUCAUCACGCUGGUCACGAAAUCCUGCUCAAGGUUCUUCAAAACCGAAGUCGUAUAACGUUAUUAACAGUAAAGCUAGAAUCAGGUGCAAGGUCGAAAAGCAAGGACAAGACGGAGUGGACAUUUUGCAGCGUCGAACAAAAGGAGAUGGUUGAGUGAGUGCGGGUGGUGGAGGGCGUGACGUCACUUGAAGGCAGCGUCUUGGCCGAUGCGGUGGACGCGCCGGUGAUCUUGGGGCGCGCACUCGCGGGCAGCCUGGCCUCCAGUGAGUCGGGAGACGAGGGCGCAGGGCACCGGCCGCCGCGCAAGCGGACCCGCAGGCUGUCUCCGCCCGCGGCCAUGCAUCAGCCGUGCGCCAAUGGCGCGCAGCAGCGCCAUGUUAACGGUGAGGCCACCAACGGCGAAGUGCCCUCACGCACCAUGGCACAGACUGACCAGGAGAUAGUGCGACUCAUUGGACAGCAUCUUAUAUCCAUUGGACUAGAGCGCAGUGCUGCCCUGCUCAUGGAGGAGUCAGGCCUCCACUUGGAGCACCCCGCAGCGGCCACGUUUCGCCAACAUGUGCUCGCCGGAGACUGGGUGAAAGCUGACCACGACCUGCGCGCCUUGCACGAAUUGCUCAGGGACUCGCCGCUCGUCGAUCCUCAUAGCCUCACAGAAAUGAAGUUCCUAGUCCUGGAACAGAAGUACCUAGAACACCUGGAGGCGGGGCGGCUGCUGGACGCGCUGCACUCGCUGCGCAACGAGCUGACGCCGCUGCAGCACGACACGGCGCGCGUGCACCGGCUGUCGGCGCUCAUGAUGUGCGCGUCCGCCGGGGAGCUGCGCGCGCGGGCUCGCUGGGCCGGCACGGGCCUGGCGUCGCGGCAGGCGGUGCUGGCCAGGGUCCAGGCGCAGCUGCCCCCCGCGCUGAUGAUGGCGCCGGGCCGGCUCCGCGCGCUGCUGGCGCAGGCGGCGCAGCACCAGACGCAGCGGUGCCGCUUCCACUGCGCGCCGCGCCCGCCCGCCGACCCCGAGCGCAUCCCCUUCACGCUGCUGGCCGACCACCACUGCUCGCCCGACGCCUUCCCCAUACACUCCCUGCAGGUACUGAACGAGCACUGCGACGAGGUAUGGUACUGCAAAUGGUCCCCGGACGGCCUAAAGCUGGCGACCGGCUCCAAGGACAACACGGUCAUCAUAUGGGACUUCGACCCCGAGGCUAAACGACUCUCCUUUAGGAAGUCCCUAGAGGGCCACACUUACGGCGUGUCGUUCCUGGCGUGGAGCCCCGACGGGCGGUACCUGAUCGCCGCGGGCCCCGAGGACUGCCCCGACCUGUGGAUAUGGAACAUGGAGACGGAGCUGCUGCACCUGAAGAUGACGCACUCGCAGGAGGACUCGCUGACGGCGGCGGCGUGGCACCGCGCCGGCGACAAGUUCGUGUGCGGCGGCGCCCGCGGACAGUUCUACCACUGCGCCCUCGACGGCACACUGCUGAGCAGCUGGGACGGGGUCCGCGUCAACGCGCUGUGCUGCCGCGAGGACGCGCGCUCCGUGCUGGCCGCCGACACGCACCACCGCGUGCGCCUCUACGACUUCACCGACCUCACCGACCGCAACCUAAUACAAGAGGAGCACGCUGUGAUGGCGAUGACUGUGAACGCAGCGGACAGCCUGCUGCUGCUGAACGUGGCCAACCAGGGCGUGCACCUCUGGGACAUACGAGCCCGAGCUCUGGUCCGACGUUUCCGUGGGUUGAGUCAGGGCCACUUCACCAUCCACGCGUGCUUCGGCGGUGCUCAUCAGGACUUCAUUGCUUCUGGCUCAGAAGAUAACAAGGUUUACAUCUGGCACAUGAACGGCGAGGAGCCGGUGGCGGUGGUGUCGGGGCACACGCGGUGCGUCAACGCGGUGUCGUGGAACCCGGUGCACCACGACGUGCUGGUCUCCGUCUCCGACGACUACUCGCUGCGGCUCUGGGGCCCGCGCUCGCAUCGCUGCUAGUACCCUCCAUGUCCCCGAGCGCCGCCCGCGACCGCCACGAAGCCGCGGACCAUAGAGUAUCUUAUUUAAGUCUCGACUAACUUAAAUUAAGACUUCUAAUAUUACGGACAGAGUUUAAAGAUAUUUUGUAAAGAUGACCGCUUGUGUCUUAUCUUAUCGAGCGCUGAAUCUCGGUGAGUUGUUUGUACUUUCGAGUCGACCGAGGGUCCGGCCCGCGACCCCCGCCGCUCGUGGAACCUCAUUGUAACUGUUCAGAACGACUGUUCAAUAUUUCAUUAAAUCGGAGCUAGUUUAGUUUUAUUAAAAUAUUGUUUGUUUGGCUCAUGACAGUUGUUACUGUGAAUGUCCUCAUGUGCUGUAUCUUUCAAAAGCGCGGGAAGGGAAAUAAAAUUGCCUUUAAUGACAGCGAAUUGUGUAUCUUCGUGUGUUUGAAAGUAACUAUCGCGUUAAACAUUCGGUGAAAUAAAAUGUAACGUCAAAAUUAUAAAUAGCGACUACGCGACGUGUGCUCAUCGCAUUUUAUGGAAUGUAUUUCACGUGUUUGUACACGUCCUACUAAACUUUUUGGACUCGAGAUGAAAAUAGUCUCAUGUAAUAAAAUAGUUUCAAUAAGUAAAAAUUUUAUAGGGAAGAGCAUAAAACGGUCCCAGACUGUUCUGGACUCGCCCCCCAAGGUCCGUCGUCUGCUGUUGUUCCGUCAGGGCGCGGACCAGAGUGGUGACGUCAGUGCCAGCUUAACUGUGCACGUACUGAAUAUGUCGUCUACCCUCACACUCACUCGGGAUGACCUCCCAGUGGAUCCGGGGCCCCACUCCGACGGUCAGGAGAGGCAGGCACAGCCCAUGCGUUCUGUGGGGGACGGUACUAGUGCGAGACUGCAGGCCGUCCCCUCACCCACGUGAUUCGCUCGGAUGUCGUGAGAAUGUACGCGGACGCUGCAGUGCGACUGCUGGAUGAGUCCGGCGCAGAGUAUCAAACCGCAUGUUGCUGCGGGCCACAGUGUGCCGCCCUGUCGACGGACUGACGUUUGCAUUCAAUUCUAUUUUAUAGACUCAUUUUGAUCUGUUUGAAAUAGUAUGAUUGUAGGGAUGAGCCAACUGCGGAUUGUUGGUUCACCGAGGUCGUCGAAGUUAAAUCACGUACGCAAUUUUUUUCGAAAACUACUAGAACUGCAAUGAAAUCUGCGCCGUUGACCGAUGAAAUUAUGUUUUUAAUUUUUAGGCAUUUUUGUAUAUUAUUUUUAAAUUUUUAGAUUGUAAUCUUAGUUUUUGUAAGUCACGUCUGACGCGCAUCUCUGGGGCACGAUAAAGCUUCGUGUUAGCUGCAGUCCACGGGCGCGACACAGAGGCUGCACACUACUCUGAGUGCGUCGAGGAUCACGACUCUGGCUCGUCCCGCCGAUCGAGCAACACUUCAUUGUUAAGAGGGAGGGAUGUGCGUGAGUAGGGAGUACAAAGGAGUUGUGUUUAUUGUACGAAUUAAAUAUAGAUUAGAAGAACGGCAAGAACGAAGUCAACUUUGGCUAAGUUUGAUUUGUUCUGAAUUAUAAAUAUUGAUAUCAAUAAAUUUUUUAUUGUAAACA